CAUAUGCUCAAAAGCUCCAGCAGCCAUGAGGUCUUUCAGUAUCUGGAGUGAUUAAUUGGCAACCAGUGGUGAAGUGACAAAUGCAGUGUUUGUUUUCAGAUGUGGUUGGAAACAAUCACACACUCCUUUUGAGUGAUGGAUGGUUUCAGCUCUUAGCUACGUGCUGAUCUACUACUGUGGUGCACGAGUGAUAAUACUGCGCAGGGAGGUGAGGUUCUAGACCAACAUCACUUGGCACAAAAUAGCUAUUGCUGUGAUUCCAAUUCUACAACUUCAAGAAAUUUUCCAUUUCCUGAAGAAAGCAAACACUUUGAUGUGUUUAAAUACAAAACUGUCUUUCAUAUUUUACAAACAGCAAACAUGAGUAUGGUCUUUAGCUAUGUGCAAGGCAGGACUAGUUCAAAUUAGCAUUUAAGCUUAACCAGCUCACAACCAUUGAAGUCUACACACGUCUCAAGAACAUUGUAUCUUUUCAAAGCAGAUAUGAGCCUAAAUGUGUUCAAAUCACAAAACCUUCAUUAUUUUAAUAGCAUAUUCCAAGUCAGCCCUUUGGAUGUUGUGUUUGCUCCAAAAUGUAACUCUUUGUUUCAGAAACUACAAAAAAUAAGAGCUUUUUGUGUAUGAGAUUUAAUACAAAUAUGAUUAUAUUAAAUAAGAAUGCAAAAUUUUAGAUGCUGAUUAUCUAAAAUCCUUUACCAUGGUUCAGUGGUUUUCUUCAUUAAAGUUUUGAUGAGGAAAACCUUAUCCUUACACAAGUCAUUAUUCCUAGCAGCUGCAAUAAUGGUUUGUGUGGUAUAAAUCUGUUGAAAAACUGAUCCCAUCAUUCUGGGCUUAAAAUAUAGGUGGAUUUAUUUCAAUCUGAUAUAUUUGACUAGAACUGAAUGCCUGGAUGUUUAAGGACUGAGUGUGGUGGUACUGUAACCCCUCAGCCCCUGUGGGGAACCUAAUCAUUCCCCCAAAAGCACUGUAGCGGUAAUGAGAGCCACAUGUGUGCUGCUACCAUGUAGCACAAAUGAGGGGCUCUUUUCCGGUAGCUGAACUUUGACCUUGCCAGACACAUCUUUUGGCCAGUCUGAGACAUGCCCAGAAGCCAACAGUGGCCUUUCCCACUUAGCAUCUGGUUUUAAGCCUCCAUGCAGACUAUAUACACUCCUACACACUCACGCAACUGCUUCAUCCUAACCACACACACACACGCUCUCUCUCUCUCUGUUCCCAGUUGAUCGAAUCUCUGUCUUUUACUGUUUCCUUCACAAACACUCUGCUUUCUAGGACGCACAGAUAUCUGCACAAUAUGGUGCCUAGAUUAAGUCUUUCCUCUUUCAUAACUUUGCCACACGCAUGCUUUCAGACUUACACCACUGUUCUCUCUCACACACUCUUUCUUUAAGAGCUUGUAUACACACAUCAUGAUCCCAUGAUACCCAAAAAUAACAGACCGACAUCUCUGCAAUAUCGAAACCUUGCCUACAGGCUGAAUAGAAAUAUGUCAUACUAGAUUUAUAUAAGGGAACCUAUUUUUGUGCAAAAAAUAUAAGAGGCAUAAGAAAAUUAUGCAUAGUAUGUACUUCAUUUGCCUUUCAGCACUGGCACAGGUGGUAACUUGGCAAAGAGCAGUGCAACUAUAAAGAAAAAUGUCAGUUACCAAACAAAAUGUAAAAAUAAAUAAAUAAAUAAAUAAGAAAGCAAAUUAAUUAACAUUUCUCAAAUGAUUUUUCUAAUCUUUUCUUUGGACCUUUUUUGGUAGAGAAACAUGUUUUAGACAGUAGUAGCUUUAAAAGGUUGUAGAAUAUCUGACUUUUAAGGACUUUCAAUGCUGUAAGCUAAAAGCUGCAAAGCUUUUAAGCUAAACUUCAGGCUUAAAUUAAAGUGAGGUGGCUGAGAAGUUUCUUUUAAUCCCAAAUCAGAAAUACUAUUCCGCCAUUGCUUUUGUGCUACGAGUGAAUAACUCAGCAGGUGUUAAAAUAAAUUCAUAAGAAAGGGAGUUUAGAACUGUCUCUGAGGAGUUUGAAUGUUAAAGCCUGUGUUACAGAGUUCCACUCUCAGUUCUGCACAUGAAAACAGCAACUUAGUGCAAACAAGAAGAAUAACUUUCACCCAACUGAGUUAACAGUAUGCUCUGAUAGAGAAGCAUCAAUCAGGUAAAACUUCUCUGCAGUUUAUAAAAAACUCUUUAAAUGGUUUAUAGCUUCUUCAAGCUAUAAAAUACAUGCUUAAUGUGAAUUAUUACAUCAAUUCUACAGUUUAUGGCUGAAUUCAACCUGUUACGUCUGAAUGGAUUAUGAUAGAUCAAAGAGCCAAUCCAAAAGACGGUGGAAAGGAUGUUUUUGUCUCCCUAACAGUUUCCUUUCUGGCUGAGUCUUGAUAAAUGACUUCCCUUUCUCACUAGCAGGCCAAGAAUAAGACACAAACACACUCUCAGGGUUGAAUGAUCUAUGACCACUACUUCCCAUGACGGCUUUCAAUCAUGAACAGAGUAUUUCCAUUUGAGUGAUAUAACAGCUAUCAGGUUUUGGCUGUAAUGAGGUAUAAUCUCAAAAGUCCACAUUUUAGAAGGAGAAUAACAGCAGUAGUCUGAAUAUCUUUCUUUUUUAUAGAUGUAAUAACUUUGGUUAAUUAGGUUUCUGGUAAGACAGGAAUUAAUAUAAAAUUCGGGGUAAUAAUAAAAAAAAAACUGCCUGCAUGACCACACAUCUGCGAUUUGUUUUUGCAUGUGUGUGCAUCUGAAAUCUAUUCAGACUUCUUCUUUAAUGCUGAUAUAAAAACCCACAGUAAAGUCACAUACUGGUUUGGUAUCCAGUUUUAUUCUCAGGAGUGGAAAUGGUGCAUAUCAACUUAAAGCAGCGUGUUAUGGAAAAACAUUUCAGAUGCCAAUUUUACAGUGUUGGAGUGUUUGCAUGUUUUCACUGUUUGUGGCGUGCUCUUGCAUUGCGUUAGCACACUCAGGUCUUGGCACAGUGAAAUUACAAUGUAAUUUUAAGACUCUUUUCUAAUUUUGAAUGUCCUGUAACAUAAAACAGACUGAUGAAUUUAGAAUGUUAUUAUGGUUUGGCUGGGUGUUGGGAUGUUUGAUUGAUGACAGGUUCUUUCUUUAUUUUUGUACCCAUCUCUCUCGCCCUUUUUCAGGGUCCUCCUGGACGAGCUGGCUUUCCGGGAGACAAAGGAUCAAUGGGCAUUCCUGGAAGAAUGGGCUUAAAGGGAAACACAGGGGACAAGGGUCAGCCGGGCACAAGAGGAUUUCCUGGCUUUCCGGGUCCUAUUGGCUUGGAUGGAAAGCCUGGGCAAAAUGGUCAGAAAGGAGACAUGGGCCCACCUGGUCCCAAAGGACUUCCUGGUGAACCAGGUCCAAAGGGGGAAAAGGGUGUGUGUGGUGAUUAUACACAUCGGAUGUUGCCCAUCACCGUGCGCAACAUGCCCUCAAUAAGCCCUCUAAUUCUAAAGCGCCUCAAGCAGGGCGAGCCUGGAGCACAAGGACCACCGGGCCCUCCUGGCCCCCCAGGGCUUCCUGGUAGUCCAGGAUUGACUGGUGCUAAUGGGCCACCGGGAAAACCUGGAGAACCUGGAAAACCAGGAAAAGACCUGAGGAUGUUGACAGGAAUGAAGGGAGAACCAGGUGUACCAGGACAAAAGGGUGAUCGUGGUGAGACAGGAUUAACUGGACCUGAAGGCCCCCAGGGAUCCAAAGGGGAUCAAGGACAGAAGGGAGAGGAGGGGAAGAUGGGUCUUGCAGGAGAGAAAGGAGAGAAGGGUGAAAAGGGGGAGACAAGUUCUUCAGGAGUUGGCAUUAAAGGAGAGCCAGGAGUACCAGGGCUGCCCGGACCCAAGGGUCUGAAAGGUGAUCAAGGUAUUAAGGGUGAAACAGGAUCUGAGGGCCAACCAGGGCCAAGAGGUCCUCCAGGUGCAACAGGAGAACCAGGAAAAAUGUUAAUUAACAACAACGAGAAUGAUAUUCGUAAUGUGCAUCUAAUGGGCCCACCUGGUCUACCAGGACCUCCUGGGUUACCUGGUGCUAAGGGUGAAGUUGGGCUGCCUGGGCCUCCUGGUCUUGAUGGGGAGAAGGGUCCUCGGGGAAAAGCAGGAGAGCCUGGACCCAUGGGCCCAUCUGGACCUCGAGGUGAGGGAGGAGUUAUGGGCUUCCCGGGACCUAAAGGGGAUAAAGGAGACAUGGGUCCCUCUGGAUCACCUGGUUUAGAUGGCCCUACUGGUGAAAAGGGGGCCGCAGGGUCUCCUGGCCCCAUUGGAUUACCAGGCUCCAUGGGUCAGAAAGGUGAAGCUGGAGAGAAAGGAGAAAACGGAGACCAGAUGUAUGGCCCACCAGGACCUCCAGGACCUGCAGGGCCAGUGGGGCCAAUGGGACCUCCAGGAUUGUCAGGGCCAAAGGGGGAGCCAGGUCUGGGUGUGAGAGGAGAGAAAGGAUCACCUGGACAGAAAGGAGAUAAAGGAGACAGGGGUCAUCUCGGAUUACCGGGGGCUCAUGGUUUAGACGGCAAGCCUGGUCCAGUGGGUCUUAUAGGACCGCCUGGUAUACCUGGACCAGCAGGACCAAAAGGAGAGAGGGGUGAGAAAGGAGAAAUGGGAGUAGCAGGACCAAUAGGGCCUCAAGGCAUCCCUGGCUUAGUAGGACCACCAGGAUUAAAAGGAAACCGGGGGGAGAGGGGCAAGAGAGGCAACAGGGGGGCCAAAGGGGAUAAGGGAGACCAAGGAGCCCCAGGAUUAGAUGCCCCUUGUCCUUUGGGUGAUGAUGGUCUACCAGUACCAGGAUGUUGGAAUAAAUGACAUUAAUUCCGGAUUGUUGUCUCUGAUUGUACAUAGAAUAUUUAUUUUUGUACUGUUUGCUUUGUUAUAUGUUGGGAAAAAAUACAGAAAACCCUAAAAAUACUGGCAGGACUUUUGUACAGAUUUAUUUUUAUUAUUGUUUAUUUUUUAUUACUGGCAAUAUUUUUUUUAUGUAAUGGAUUUUAUACUGUGCCAAUGCAUUAUGCAAAAUGUUUUGAUUAAGGAGGAAAUAUACUGAGGCAGCAUAUGCAUGAUAUUUGUGCAUUAUGUUAACUGAUUUGUGCCUUUUAACUUAUUGUAUAAUGGUGUUUUGAACAGACCAUGCUGCACUAAUCAGUGGGGCUGGAUUUUUGAAGUGGCCUUUUUGUGAGGAAACCCCUCAUUUCUGAGAUUAAAAUAGACACCAAAGAUGUAUAGCACUGACCACCGCUGUAAUCUGUAAUGUUUACUCAAAGGGAUCAUUUAAAACAGUGUGCUUAGGACAUAUAACCAAACAGGCACUGAGGUUUUAAAUCAAGGCAAUUAGUAUCUUUCAAUGCAUAAAUUAUUAGCAUAUAUGGUCAGUAAAUGUUGUAAUCUUUUUGAUAGUGUCCUGAAAAAAAAUCUAUUAAGUCCAAAGUUGACAAAUUAACAGAGCAAUUCUCGGGCAGCUUUAUGAGAUUAUUUCUCUCUAUGCAGGGUGCCUUAUAAUUAUUGUUUGCCUUGACAGGCCAUACAUAGCAAUUACAGAUCAGAUCUUAUUUUAAGCAACUGCUAUUUCUUUUUUUGUUAGCCCUUGCCAUGUGUUAGAGUAGUGCCAAAGCCAUGUUAUUCACCUGACUAAUCUCUUAUGAAGACUUUGUAUAAUUUUAUACCAUAUGUAUAUUGCUGCUCACUGACAAGCAAGCUGCUGCAUUUGCUAUUAUGCUUCUCUGCCUUAUUGUACCUCAUCUGACGAGCUGAAAUCAGGACAAAGGCAAAGCCAAGACGAUAUCCAACCGUUACACAUUAAACAGCGUCUAGUCAUAUGAGGAGGGGCCCAAGCUAACGUUUGUUCAUCUGUUUUGUUUUCUUGUCAUGUAUGUGUGUUGAAGGAGUGAUUAAUUUGAUUUUUGUGUUUGAUUGCUGCUGCUUACCAUGAAAAGCAUGUUUUUGAGAUUAAUUCUAGCUUUAAUAACAAUCAGCUUCAGUAAACCAGUCAUCAGGCUGUAAUACCUCAGAUACCUGUGCUGCCAUAUUCCUACUCAUAGGAGCGAGAGACAUAUCAAGGAUAAUGUCAAAAAAAGCUCUCUAAAUGAACAUAAAUGCAAAUAAAUCAUAGUUAAACCUAUAUCAGUUCAAGCCAGUCUUAUUUACUAAAAAUAAAAGUCUUGCUCAGAGUUAAUGAA